AUGGGAUUCAAACGAAGAGGUCCUCGUCGGGUCAAGACAAAUUGGACACAGAUUCCCCGUGAAAACGAAAACUGGGAAGCGUACUAUAAAGCUCAGGGUCUUAUUCCCGAGUCGGAGUUCCCCGCUUUCAAGGCUGCCUUCCAGCGCGAUCUCCCGCUGACCUUCCGCAUCACGGGCACUCGCCAGCAUGCUUUGGAUGUUCGCCAGAUGCUGGAGCAAAAAUACCUGCCGAACCUGAAGGGAAUUGAGUGGGAAGGUGAGGUUGUUGAGGAGCCCAAACCAAUCCCCUUUUAUCCUGAUAACCUUGGCUGGCAGGUUAGUGUUGGCAAGCAGGUUAUUCGCAAGAACCCGCCAUUUGCACAUUUCCAGAGGUUUUUGGUUGUCGAGACGGCGGUCGGAAACGUAUCGCGCCAAGAGGCCGUUUCGAUGAUUCCGCCUUUGCUUCUAGACGUCAAGCCCCAUCACACCGUUCUUGAUACUUGUGCAUCCCCCGGAUCCAAGACGGUUCAGAUUAUCGAAGCUCUCCACCAGGAAGGAGACCAGCCAACUGGCUUUGUUGUUGCCAAUGAUGCCGACUACAAACGCUCUCAUAUGCUCACCCAUCAGAUCAAGCGGCUGAACAGUGCAAACGUCAUCGUUGUGAACCACGAUGCACAGCAGUUCCCUCGCAUCAAACUGGCCGACAACAAGGUAUUGAAGUUCGACCGUAUUCUCUGCGACGUCCCUUGCUCCGGUGACGCUACCAUGCGCAAGAAUCUUAACGUAUGGAAGGAGUGGACGGUUGGUAACGGCCUUGGUCUUCACCAACUUCAGCUCAAUAUCGCGGUCCGGGCCGUUCAAAUGCUCAAACCUGGUGGCAAACUUGUUUACUCCACUUGUUCUUUAAACCCUAUUGAAGACGAGGCGGUUUUGGCUCAGAUUCUCCGCCAGUUCCCUGAGAUGUACCUCCUUGACGUUUCCGACCAGCUUCCUAAUCUGAUCCGCUCUCCGGGUGUGAGUCACUGGAAGGUUCAAGCCAAGGACAAGUCCUGGCAAGAGCUCAACGAGUCUGGUAUGAAUCGCAGCUUUUUCCCUCCAUCUGAGGAGGAGGCCCAGCGCUUCAAUCUGGACAGGGCCAUUCGUGUCAACCCUCACCAGCAGGAUACUGGCGGGUUUUUUAUCGCUGUUCUCACUAAAAAGGGAUGUGAACCCACUAAUGAGCCUGCCAACAAGCGUCAAAAGCUGGACACACCGGACGUGCCUGAGUCUACGACCGCAGCCGUCGCUGAGAUUCCUACUGGCGACGGUAGCGAACCGGCUGAAAACAAAAGCACAAAGCUUCCUCGUGAUGCAGUUGAUGAACCUUUCCACUUUUUGGAUCCCAACCACCCUGAGGUUGAGUCUUGCUGGAAGUUCUACGACAUUAACGAUAAAUUCCGUCGCGACACGUUGGUCGUUCGUAACCAGACUGGCGAGCCUGUACGCAGUAUUUACUACGUCGCGCCAUCUGUUCGCCCUGUCAUUGAGCUCAAUGUAGGCAAAGUCAAGUUUAUCCACUCGGGUAUCAAAAUGUUCACCCACCAGAAGAACGAGGGUGAAUGCAGAUGGCGUGUCCAGAGCGAAGGCAUCGAAAUGCUUUAUCGAUUCGUUGGGCCAAAACGCGUUGUCAAGAGCGACAAUCUGGAGAUUUUGCGUUACUUGAGUGAGCAAGCCUACCCCCGGUUCAACGACGUCAAGGAGCGCGAUGAAGGUCUCUAUGACCAAGUCACCAAGCUCAGCGAAGGAUGCUGCUUCUUUGAGGUUGGCGGCGUAGUCUACCCUUUGUGGCGUGGUCGUGCAUCAAUUAAUACUAUGGUAUCUAAGGAGAAUACGGAGGAAUUGCUUCUACGGUUGUUCAAUGUCGAUAGAGGCACAAAGUCGCACGACAAACCCAAGAAUCAAGCUGAGAAUGCUCCGACUACCGCGGUUGACGAUACAAAGGUCAUCUCUGAAGAGGCUAGUUUUGAAGAGCCCAAAGCUGAAUAA